UUAGAUACACCAAUCGUGAGUAUACUAUCGUCAAGUGAGCAACGUUGAUGCAAUGACCGGAUUUUUUGCCUUUUCGUUUAGUUGUCGGAUUUUUGCGUUGUAUUCGAACAUACACAAACUUAUACAGAUAACUUGCGAACAUCAGGUCAUUCCAUUGCGAUCUAAUCCAUUAAGUUGCGCAUUUUUGUAUAUGCGUGUGAAAUGAAAGUGGGAUCAUUGAAUAUGUUACGAAUCGACAUAUUUUCACUUCCCGUCUUACGGUCAACCGGUCAAAAGGAGCUGGCGAUUUUUACUUGCAUAGACACAACUCCAAAUGCAAAUUAUUCGUGAAAAUAAGCAUACCACCGCAUCCAUAUGCCUACAUACAUACAUUCAUAGCGGUUUAUUAGUAUCGACUUGUAAAAAUUCUCAUGUAUUUGUGAAAAUGAGCAAAUUCUCGAACGGCGCCAUUUUUUUCGCCACAAAAAUUUAAAUUCCAGCCAUCACACAAUAUCAUGUAACAGUGCAGUGGAACAGCAAAAUCGGAAAAGUGAAUACGUACUGUAAUUUCGGUAGGCGAAAGACGUUUUACUGAAAGGAGUUUUAUAGCUUAACAAGAAAAAAUAUCUGAAUAAUACUUAUUUUACGUAUUUAAAAUGUUAAACAAACAACAAGGGAUAAAUGUAUAAUUAAAAAUAAUAUGUGUGCAUGUGCAUGAUAACCAACGUUUUUAUAUGUAUACAAGUACCAUCGCAUAUACAUACGUAUACAUAUGUAAAUAUAUUGUGGAAUGUAUAAGUUUUUACAUGAGAAGGAAAAUAAAACCAAAUAUCUUAGGCAAUCGCGAAUGCAGUUGGAAUGCAAAGAGAUACCUAAUUUAACUUUUGUAUGUACAUAUGUAUGCUUAUAUGUAAAUACAAUUAAAGUGUGUUCAUGUAUAAACGGUCAGGGUGGUGAAAAUGUAAAGAAACGAAUUGAAUUAAGAACCACUUCAAGACCACCAAAACCAGAAAAUCAACUUUGUUAACGUCUUUUUCCACUAGGUUUGAAUGCGCCUUUCAUUAUCUACAUUUUAUCGUAGUAAAAAGCUUACUAAUCGUUAAAAAUGAGUGAUUCUACCCCAAUUUGCCGAUGUCGCGUACUUUAUUUGGGUAGUGCCGUUCCGCGGCAAAGUAAGGAUGGGCUACAAGGAAUUCAAGAGCCCUUGAGAACUCUUUAUCCUUCCGAAGGUGCGGUUGGUGCUAAAGGUAUAGACUCAUGGCUAAGUGUUUGGUCAAAUGGAGUUCUACUUGAAAACGUUGAUGAAAAUUUAAAACAAAUCACCCGAUUUUUUCCUAUUGAAUCUCUGCACUACUGCGCGGCUGUACGACAAGUUUUAAUACCAGAACGGGGAAAUUCUAAGCCAGAACCAAAAUUCUUACCACUUGACUCUCCAUUCGCUCGAAUGCCCCGCGUCCAACACCCACCAAUAUUUGCCGCUAUUCUACGACGAACAACCGGCAUCAAAGUCCUUGAAUGUCACGUGUUUAUUUGUAAACGAGAAGCUGCCGCGAAUGCUCUAGUCAGAUGUUGUUUUCAUGCUUACGCCGAUAAUUCGUAUGCCCGCCAAUUGGAGUCUGGUAGUUCUGGGGGUGGUGUUGGCAGUAGUGUCUAUGGAACGCUCAAAAGUGUCGUUGGAAGCAAAUCGAAUGGAGACUUAACACGUAUCGAGAUAACAAAUGGUAAUCAUCACCACAAAGGCCCGUCUUCAAGCCAAGAUGCAUGGUGUUCUCGAGCUAGCAGUACAACCACCCUAAACAGUGUUGGGAGGCAGUCCAAUGGACAUACGUUCAAUGGAACGAGUGACAUUAGCUUGAAUGGUGGAGGAAGCAAUGGAAGUGCCGCUGAAGGUUACACAUCUGUGAAAAAUUUUUACGGAAGCAGUGCAGAUUUAAACGUAAUGGUCGAUGAUGGUGAAACUUCUGUAUACAAUGGAGAUGAGAACCACAAGGUCUGGAAUGGUUCGCAAGAUCAACUUGAUUCUAUUGCAAUGGAAAGUCCGUAUGAAAUGUUUUCUGGUAACACAUCUACUUUGGGUCGCCCUGCUAGAGCUCGUCAAAUAAGUACACCCAUCGAUGUUCCUCCUCCACCAAUGAGAGAGGAAGCAAGUAAAAGACGUAAAGAUAAACAAGUGUUGAAAACAAUAGGCAGUCAAAGUCUCUCCGGCACACUUAUACGACCUAAGCCCAUACAUCCGGCUACAUUACAACGCACGAGAAUUUAUGCAGGCGUCCAGGGAAAUGCGAUUUAUGGCCCCGGCGUUGGGUCAGGAACAUUACCAUCGCCGCAAGGCUCCCGAAACUAUCACACAAUUAGUCAUCGAGGAUUUUAUAGUGGUUCACACUUUCAUCACGCUGGCAUACCACCGCCACCACAAAGGAUGCACCCACCACAUAUGGGUAUUCCAAUGCAAAUACCCGUGAUUAUGCCACAGCAAUAUGCCACUCUUCAAUCUACGCGAACUGCAAAGAAAAAUAAGAAAGAUAAGACAGGUAGUGGUAUACCCGUUGGAUUGCCCAUUGUGCCACCUAUAUACGCGUUUCAUCAGGCCAUGGGAGCACCUCCGCCACCACAAACAGCUAUUGCGCAACCCCUAAUUGGUGAACCACGACCCCUAGCAAUGUCGAAUCGCAAGAUAACGGUAUCCAUGGGCAAUGGACUGGACGAGGCUUUAAAUUCCGGCCCAGAAUCACCGGGUGGCACAGGAAUCUACCGUCGGAAAGGUCAUUUAAAUGAAAGAGCUUUUAGUUACUCCAUACGGCAGGAACACCGAAGCCGAAGUCAUGGCUCAUUAGCUAGUCUACAAUUUAACCCACCUGAUGUGAAGAAAGAACGAGAAAUCGCUCAAAUGAUCGCCGGUUUGGACCUACAUGAUGGCCACGAAAAAGAAAUGGAGCGAAAACACAUGCUCUCAAACAAUGGCGGGGGAGCUGGUAUUCAGCCGCCGCAAACAAUUUAUGGAAAUGGAGGGACCGCUGCCAUAUAUGGAAAUGACAUGAGUUUAGGUGGCUUUGGCAAACCCCGAAGAUAAAUAAGUUUAUUUGGAAGUAAUGACACAAUUUACAUAUGAACCUUACACAUGUACUUGUAUAAUCAAGUCUACACAUACAUUCGUGUGUAUACGUAUUUACAGUAUAUAGCAGAAAUUUUUAUACCCUACCACUUUAGAGACAUACACAUUAUGAAAUUUAUUACGAAAUUUAUUUAGAUUUAUAUAGAUAUAUUUCAUACUAAAAAUUGUAUCUUGUUUGGACUCGUAUAUUAAAGGUUAUAAAAAAUAUUAACUUUUACAUUCUUUAAGUUCACCUUGGCACUAAUGUUUACCUACUUCAAUUGGAACUGUUUACAUACUGCACACCUAGAUCUAAAGUGCGAUCAACUAAAAAAAAAACAAUUUUUUGCACAGUUCAAUCCAUAUGACUUACCUCCAAUUAAUUCAAAUUUUUUUUUUCAUGACUAUGUACAAUAACUAAAAAACUUCUGUUUUUGCAUUAAUUGCGUUGAAUCUGUAGGAUCCACAAGCAGUUAUAUUGUCUAGGUAUGCUAUAUGUAAACAUUUAUAGUUUGCUUGAAUUUUUUGAUCCGAUAAGUACUUAUGUAUUGUCAAUUUAGUUAUCGUUAUUCUUACCAAAAAAGAACCAUUGGGAUUAAAUUAAACUACAUGUUAGUACUUAUGUAGUGUGAGAACAAUAGUAACACAUCAGUGCAUGUCAUAGUUUUUGAUCAAUUUUUGUCGUACAAUUCCCAAAAAAGAUUUUAUAUUAUAGUAGCAGCAGAUGAGCUGUUUUGAUUUCCCUGCGAACCAAACUUCUCGAAUUAUAACGAAAUCGUUAAGAGUAUCCGAAUUCUGUAUCGCUUUUUUACGAAUUUUCAAAGAUAAUCGUAUGGAAUGGUUGCCACGAAUUCGUAAAGAAAUCUUUGUACUAUUUCUUAUAGAAAAUUAAAAAAAAAAAAUCUUCACAUCUCAGCACUAUUGUCAAUGCUUUACCCGUUUUCUUCCGAAAUUUCGUAAAAGCAUCGAAGUGUGCACAGUAUAUUUCAUUUUAAAAAUUGCUGCAAAAAGUCGGAAAGGGAAAUAAUGAGAUCCUUACGACUUCUUUAAGAUUUCUCUACUAUUCAGAAUACUCUGAAAACAUACACCCGUUUGCACCCUGCAAAUUAUUUGGUCUCUACAUUGCCAAAUAUUUAUGCAUGUAUAUAUUUAUUUCACAAACAUUUUAAAAUGAUAAAUAAUUACAUAGAUGUUUGUAUAUAUGUACAUACAGGGUGUCCAAGAAGUACUACGGCAAACUUGACUACAACGUAGGUGGGAGUGAGUUCCCUGAUAAGCAAACAUUCUUCUUAUAAAAGUGUCACCGUUUUUGGAAUAUUAAUAUUUUUUUGAAUUCAAAAAAAUCGGUCCUUUUCAUGUAUUUUUAACUGCAUGUACAAACGAGGCUAUAUUUAGUAAUUUUUUUCUGUAAAAUACUUCCUGAUAGUUGCUUCACUAUAUUCAAAUACAAUGUAGUUAAGAGAUAUAAAGGAACCAUAAUAAAACUAAGACUAAUUUGAUAUUUUUAACUUUUUGAUAUUUUCUUCCCCAAAUUUGACCAUCUGUGAAAAGAAUGUACUGAGCUACGUCUGCACAUUACA